CCCUUUGCAAAGGAGGAAGGAAAAAGGAUGGGAGGGCGGGGCGGAUAACACAAUCCCGGCACUCCGGAGAGUAUAAAAGCCGUCCGGAUCGAGGGAUCGGCACUGAACGCAUCUCCGCUCCGUCCAGAUCUGAUACUUUUCGGUGACGUCUGCUCCUCUCGAACCUCAGCGAGAUGAAGACCGACAUGGAAAAAGCCAUGGCCUGUGUCGUCGACAUCUUCCACCAGUACUGCAUCCUGAGCCCAAUCGAUGACUACCUUCAGAGGGCAGAGUUCGAUAAGUUAAUGAAGGAACAGGCCCAGCCAUUCUUGAAGAAAACUCAGCCGCCCAAUCUUGACCAAAAGGCCUACCUCGACCAAUUGUUCAAGAAGGCAGACAAGAACCACGACGCGAAGCUCAAGUUCACAGAGUGGGCCACGGUGUUGGGGCUGGCGAUGAACGAGGCCCACGACCGUUCCCACGAUCUCGGCAGCGACGGCGGCUCUGGUGGUCACUGCCACAGCCACGGCGACGGCAGCGUCCACUGUCACUAAAUCCUUCCUCAUCCACAAAAGCCGUCUCAUCCACGUAGCGGACCACGUCAUCCUGGAAAUGGCCGCCGGGAAAACACAACCCGCGGAAUUGAGGACCUUUCUCUUGUGUAAAAAACAAUAAAAUAUUUCUCAGCGAACGCUA